GGUCCAAAGAUUCCAUUGUUCCAACCUCAUCACUCGCCUAAAUUAGGCCAACCGUUGAAGCCCGCGUAUACUUUCUCUCUCUCAAUUGCAUUCCCCCUUCCCAUUUCUGAGAAGGUGGGAGAGAAACCCCAGAGAAAUUCAAUCCACCCCUUUCUCUGGGUCUGAUCCCAUAUCUCUCUCCAGAUUUGCUCGCCCUUUUACUUCAAUUUCUCAAAACCGGCACGCAUUCUUUUGUCUUCUAAUUUCUGGUGGCUGAAUAUCAAAAACCCUAGAGAGCACUGUUUUGGGGCUACGUUUCUGUUUCGGACGGAGAACGAGAAAAGGCGAGGGUUUUGCGCCCGACCCAUUUCGACUGGAAGGCCCUAGAUUCAAAGGGAUCGUUUGAUUUCAUUGGAUAAUCCCCCGACACGAAAGGGGGUAGUUGCGGAGAAACCCCCUCUGAAAACUGGAAGCCCUAAUUGAGAGAUUCAAAUCGUUCUUCUAAAUCGAUGGAUUCAGCGUUUUCGCCCUUGAGUUUGGUUAUUUUCGGUAUUUCAAUUAGCUUUUACGCAUUUAUUGUCCAAUCGCAGACGCAAAAUGGGAACAAUGGCGCUGAAUUAGCACCACCGGCGUAUUGGGUGUCAAGUCCACCGCUGCCUCCGCCUCCUCCGCCACCUCCUCCGCCGUUGUCACUGUCUCCUCCGCCGCCACCCUCAAAAUCUAUGACACUCAGUUUCGUUCCCCCGCCGGGAGCGCCGCCGCCCUAUCCUAACAAUAUGCCCAACGUGAGAAGACCUCCUCACCGCCGCCGCCGCCACCGCAGACCGCCUCCGCCGCCGCCACCACCACCACCGCACAAGAUGAAUGCCGGUAAAAAGGUUGGACUUUUGUUUGUGGGCAUUGCGGCAAUCAUGCAAGUUGGCGUGGUUGGGUUCUUGGUAAUCAAGAGAAGACAACUUUUGAAGAGCGAUGACAGAUACGAGAGUUGUUCUUGAACGAGAUUUUCCACGGUUUUCUUAUCAAAUUCUUUUUUUAUUUUAAUUUAAUGGGUUGAAAUUCUUUGCUGAACGAGGUUUGGUUCGAGGAAGGGGAAUAUUGGUUGGAUUUUGCAGAAUCUGGUGGGAGGAACAUGAAAAAGGCAAGCAUGGAAAGACAUGGAGAAUUUGAGGAAUCAUUGGAACAUGAAUUGUGCAAUUGAUGCCAUCAUUUCGGCCCCUUUGGCGUUACUGUGUAUAUUGGUACUGCUAGUUCACGUUUCCUUCACGUUUCAAGUUGUGUUGCCCCUUUUUCCCUUAGUUCCAUUACAUUGGCUGGCUUAUAAUGGAAAAGAAAAAGUAGCCCUCAUGUACCUUUUUAUUUAUUAUUUUUUUUUUUAAUUUGAUUUUUCUCUAACAUGUUCCGUGUACAAUGAUGUUAGGAAUCCUUAAAGGAUUAACAAUGACACAAUCUUAUAUUCUUUGGCUUUUCACCUCGAAUUGAUGAUGUCAGGUUCAAUGUUCUUAUAUUCUUUUGUCUUUGUGUCUAGAGUUAUCUAGUAGUACAUUAGAACUGUUGACAUUUGUUAUUCUGUUGUUGCUUCAAUAGAAAUAUAGAAUCUUUUUUCUAA